AAUAAUUAAAAAAAAAAACAUAUUUCUAAUUCUACUUACUUCGCAUUCCAUUCCAACGAGAGGAAGAAGAUGAAGCUGAAAUGGGAAUCAAUCUCCAUGCUUCACCAAAAUGUGUUACUCAUCAAGCUCGUCUCUGCUGUUCUUAUAACCGGUCUAGCUUUACGUUUCUUCGUCUUUCGCUUCGGCCAAAUUUCUCCAGUUCAAGUGUCGGUGAACGGAAACUCCGAUGCCCAGAUUUCGCCGCCUUCGGUUAUCUUAUCUGAUAACGAGGAUCUAAUUCCCGUGGAUAUUGAGGUGGAGAAGUGUGAUCUCUUCACUGGGAAAUGGAUCAAAGACCCUUUAGGACCAAUCUACACAAAUGGUUCAUGUGGUAUUGUCAUAGAUGGUCACCAGAACUGCAUCAACAAUGGUCGGCCUGACUCCGGUUUUCUCUACUGGAAAUGGAAGCCUAACGACUGCUCCUUGCCUCGUUUCGAUCCUCAGAGAUUUCUGCUACUCAUGAGGAAUAAAUCUUGGGCUUUAAUCGGUGACUCCAUUUCACGUAAUCAUGUCGAGUCUUUGCUUUGCAUGCUAUCUACAGUUGAAAAACCUGUUGAAGUGUACCACGAUGAGAACUACAGAUCAAAGCGUUGGCUUUUUCCUUUGCACAAUCUGACAAUAUCCAACAUUUGGUCACCGUUUCUCGUUCAAGCCGACAUAUUUGAAGACUCAAACGGUGUCUCAUCAGCUGCAGUCCAGCUUCACCUCGAUAAACUCGACAAGACAUGGACUGAUCUGUUUCCAAGCCUUGACUAUGCGAUCAUCUCCUCCGGGGAAUGGUUCUUGAAAACCGCAGUCUACCACGAGAAUGCUACUAUCGUUGGCUGCCAUGGCUGCCCGGAGAGUUCUAACAUGACGGAUUUAGGAUUUGACUAUGCCUAUAACACAUCCUUGCGCCAUGUUAUGGACUUCAUCGUGAGAUCUAACACUAAAGGCAUGAUCUUUUUCCGCACUUCGAUACCUGAUCACUUUGAAAAUGGGGAAUGGCAUAACGGAGGGACCUGUAAGAAAACAGAACCGGUUAGCGAGGAGGAAGUCGAGUUGAAAGUUCUGAACAAGAUCUUGAGAGAUGUUGAGAUUAGUCAGUACGAGAGGGUGGUAGAGGAGGUGGGUCAAGAGAGCUUGAAAUUAAAGCUUCUGGAUUUUGCUGGAAUGUUGCUAACUCGACCCGAUGGGCAUCCCGGUGCGUACCGAGAGUUUAGGCCGUUUGAUAAGGACAAGAACGCCAAGGUACAGAACGAUUGUCUGCAUUGGUGCUUGCCUGGUCCGAUUGAUUACUUGAACGAUGUUAUAUUGGAGGUCAUAGUGAAUGGUUGAACAGGGAAAUAACCGGUUUGAUUGUAUCUUAGUAAAUUGGUAAAUUGGUAAAGUUGAAGAGGUUUUGGCACAGGAGUUAAAGAGUUCAUUAGAAGAACUGAAAAUCAUUUAGGUUCACGAAAGCUAUUCUUAUGUAUCAAAUUUUGUAAAGCAUGGUUUACUAUUAUGUGCAAACUCGUUGAGAUUGUGAGUGUAUUAAAGUAGUGAUCU